AUGCGGCUAAAUCGCUUUCUUCGCGUGCGUCAUGAUGUAGUGGAGCAGCUCCUCUGCUUUGGGCGUCUGGCCGACAUCCAAAUGGCCAACUUCUUCCGCAAGCAGCUCGCCUGUGAGUGUGGGCCCGCUGGGGGGGAGACGGUGAAGGAGAAGGACGACUUCAGCCGACAACGGGAGGCGGUGCGCAAGAUCGCGCGGGGUUCCGCAGAGGGGCUCACGGCGUGGAUCGGCGGGGCCUACGGGGUGUCGGAAUGGUCGACUGGACAUCUCUCCACACAGACCCUGCAGGCCAAACGGGGCGAAAAAGUUGAGGUGAUUACGCUGCGUGGAAAGGCGCUCGCGGCGGGGGAGGUCGGGAGCGCGCCGAAGUCGGUGCAGGUGAUCGCGCAGCUUCCUUCCCUUGACGCCGCCGCCGCCAGCGCCCAUGCCGGGACGGAAGACUACAUGAGGGAGAAUUUGCGUGAGGCGGUGCUGCAGGUCCCCCUUUCCAACGAAAACGAGGGCCGGAUCACCACCAAACUUGUGAACGGCCUCCUCCAGCUCGACUUCCACGACGCGGUGGCGACGGUGAAGGCGGGGGUCUGCGCGAGGGACGUGGCCUCCCGACAGAACAUCCUCACGGCCACCGCAUACGGCGGGAUGCUGGAGAGGCUCGAGCGGAUUUGUGCCCUUCACGCGACCACGGCCGUGCAGUACGACGGGAUGCUCAUCCGCGAUCCCGCGGUUCAGAUGCGCCUUGCACAGAUCGCCUGUUCUCACUUUGGUGUAGAGUCGUUGGCAGCGUACGUCUCCGGCAGCGACGAGGCCCUCCAUGAGGCUGACGCACCCCAACCGGAGGAGACCUCUGAGGAGGGGGAUACCCCCGCGGCGAGGGAAUUUCGUUUCUUCGAGGCGGUCUCCCUAAACAUUUACGCGGGGAAUGCGCUGAUGGAUGGUUUGGACAAUGCCUGGAAAAUCUUGCACGGCUUUCCCCUGACCACGCCACGGCCGCACCGAAGCAAGCCUGAAAUCCAGAUUAACUACCCCUACGUCGAUUCCCUCCUGAACACGUCGAAGUACUUCAUCACGUCGAUGAAUGGCUCGAUGGAACUUCAGGCGCAGACGUUCUUCGGCCCGCUUUUGCAGAGGUCCUUUCUCCACCAAUCCGCCUCUACCUGGCUGGAGAGCCCGCUCCGCCACUUGAUGGGGCUGACGACCGCGGCGAAGGUGUGCCUGUCGGCCCCGCACGUGAAUCUCCGCGUGAUGACCGACGUGCUGGAGCGGGACCUCACCCGUGGGCUUGAGCUGGUGUCCCACCAGAAGGACCCCACCGACCCUUCCUUCGUCAUCACCGUUGUCCAGUACAUCGCGGAGGUCUUUGCGAACCUCGCGGUGGUCCACCGCUGCUCAGCCUCGCUCACCGCGGAUGAGGGGGGGCGGGGGCACCGGGAGUGGCUACUGGCCCAGGCCUUCGGCGCGGCCUCGGCGGCCCGCCGGCAGCGCCUGCUCGCGUACCUUCGCACUUCCCAGCUCAGCGCCGGCGUCCUGCGGGGCGUGGCGGACCUCGACCACGGCGCCAUGCACCCCGUGGCGUUGAUGAACUCACGGCCAAUCCCCUAG